GACACGGCCAGAGCACUGAGAGAUAUCAGGUAUUGCUGUAACUGGAGUGAAUAAGGGAACCUUCUUCCUGAUCAGACAUUGGAGCCUGUUGUCAACAUGAACUCAUAUGUGUUAGACAAACACUUGAAUAGUUCCUAUCCAUCCUUCACUACAGGAAGCAUCAGAAUGAUACCGCAAACUCCAAAAGUCUUGGACACUAAUGACUAUUCACAAACAUUGGGGAUAUCACAGCAGAUAUUUGAAGAAGAUGGUGAAUUGCCAGGAACUGUGCAACAAUCAUUAUGUACAGAGAGUAAUUUAGUCAUCAAACAAGAGGACAACAUUUAUGACUUAUCUAGUGAAAUUAUUAUCCCAGAGGAUACACCACAUACAUUUACUGAGUUUUCAAAACAUAUUAAAGAAGGGAAAAGUCUUCAGUCUAGCCAGAUGAUUCAUACAAAGAAACAACCUUUCAAAUCUACAGAAUGUGAGAAAACCUUUAGAUGGAAGUCUAAUCUACUAGAACACUACAAAAUUCACACAGGUGAGAAGCCACACUCAUGUACUGAGUGCGGCAAAUGUUUUACACAAAUGAAUCAUCUGAAAACUCAUAAAAAGAUUCACACAGGAAAAAAGCCUUUCACAUGUACAGAGUGUGGAAAAAGUUUUAUAGAAAUGAGUCAUCUGAAAACUCAUAAAAAGAUUCACGCAGGGGAGAAGCCGUUCACAUGUACAUACUGUGGAAAAGGAUUUACAAUAAAGCGUAAUCUGAAAAAUCAUGAAAGGAUUCACACAGGAGAAAAGCCUUUCACAUGUACGGAGUGUGGAAAAAGUUUUACACGAAUGGAUUGUCUGAAAACUCAUGAAAAUAUUCACACAGGAAUAAAACCUUUCACAUGUACAGAGUGUGGAAAAACUUUUACACAAAUGCAUUGUCUGAAAACUCAUGAAAUGAUUCACACAGGGGAAAAGCCUUUCACAUGUACAGAGUGUGGAAAAAGUUUUACACGAAUGGGUCAUCUGAAAACUCAUGAAAAGAUUCACACAGGAGAAAAAUCUUUCACUUGUACAGAGUGUGGAAAAAGUUUUACACUAAAGAGUAGUCUGAAAACUCAUGAAAGGAGUCACACAGGGGAAAAGCCUUUCACAUGUACAGAGUGUGGAAAAAGUUUUACACAUGUGAGUAAUCUGAAAUAUCAUGAAAAGAGUCACACAGGGGAAAAGCCUUUCACAUGUACAGAGUGUGGAAAAAGUUUUAUACGAAUGGAUUGUCUGAAAACUCAUGAAAUGAUUCACACAGGAGAAAAAUCUUUCACAUGUACAGAGUGUGGAAAAAGCUUUACACUAAAGAGUAAUCUGAAAACUCAUGAAAAGAUUCACACAGGAGAAAAAUCUUUCACUUGUACAGAGUGUGGAAAAAGUUUUACACUAAAGAGUGAUCUGAAAACUCAUAAAAGGAUUCACACAGGGGAAAAGCCUUUCACAUGUACAGAGUGUGGAAAAAGUUUUACACAAGUGAGUCAUCUGAAAUAUCAUGAAAGGAGUCACACAGGGGAAAAGCCUUUCACAUGUACAGAGUGUGGAAAAAGUUUUACACGAAUGGAUUGUCUGAAAACUCAUGAAAUGAUUCACACAGGAGAAAAAUCUUUCACAUGUACAGAGUGUGGAAAAACUUUUACACUAAAGAGUAAUCUGAAAACUCAUGAAAGGAUUCACACAGGGGAAAAGCCGUUCACAUGUACAGAGUGUGGAAAAAGAUUUACACAUAUAAAUUGUCUGAAAACUCAUGAAAUGAUUCACAAAGAAGAAAAGCCUUUCACAUGUACAGAGUGUGGAAAAAGUUUUAAACAAAUGAGUAGUCUGAAAACUCAUGAAAGGAUUCACACAGGAGAAAAGCCUUUCACAUGUACAGAGUGUGGAAAAAGCUUUACACAAAUUAGUAAUCUAAAAUAUCAUGAAAGGAGUCACACAGGAGAAAAGCCUUUCACAUGUACAGAGUGUGGAAAAAGCUUUACACAAAUGAGUCAUCUAAAAUAUCAUGAAAGGAGUCACACAGGAGAAAAGCCUUUCACAUGUACAGAGUGUGGAAAAAGGUUUACACAAAUGAGUAGUCUGAAAACUCAUGAAAGGAUUCACAAGGGAAGAAACCUUUAACAUGUUUAGAUAGUAGGGUUGCUACCUUUAGCACAGCCGAUUCCCGACACUUUGCAAAUGGGCAUGGUUGAGGAUGUGGUUAUUGGUGUGGCUUCACACGACCUUAAAGAGACAUUCCAGCCAAAAUUGUAAUCCAUGUGUAUGCAUUUCAGUUUUGAGUAGAAGCAUUUUUGUAAUAUACAUGUAUUAGAAAAAAUGCUUCUAAUAAGUUAUAGUUGUUUCAAAAGUGUAUUUAAGUAUGCCCCGUGCACCAGAAUUUUAAACACAGCACUUGCACAGAGAGCCUAAGGUGCUUUUACCAAUGACUCAAUUUGUUAAUUGCUGACAUGAUACAAGACCCACUGGCGCUAUGAACAGCUGCAGUGUUUAAAAUGCUGGUGCACUGAGAGUAUCUAGCUAUGCUACACAUGCACGUGCAGAGAAAAAUAUUAUCACUAAAAUAGUUAUAACUUUAACUAGAAACAAUUUUGCCAAUACGUGUUUAUUGCAAUUAUGUUUCUAUCCAAAGAUGUAAUUCAUCUGUGUAUUUAAAGGGGCAUAAAACCCACAUUUUUUCUUUCAUGA